CCGGCAGGGGGCGGGGCCGGGGCGAGGGCCGAGCCAGGGCCGAGCCACGGCUGAGCUCUGGCCUCCGUGGCCGUCGUUGCCUUAGCGAUCUGCCCCUUGCCUCCUUGCCUGCUCUCCCGGCCGAACGAAACAGAGUGCCAUCGGUGGCCCUGCCCUGAGGGGCAUCGCGGUUUCAGAGGCUCUGCACUAUGUUGGGCGUCGUGACGGCUGUCUGAGUGAGGGGCCUCGGCAGUGGCGCCGGGCGGCGGCGGCGGCGGCGGCGGGGCCGGGCCCGGUCCGCUCAUGGUGCCGCCACGACGCCAUCGUGGGGCAGGAAGGCCAGGUGGGCUGAGUUCUUCACCUCCUUUUAGACUGAAAUCUGCCCGGUUUUCAGGCAUUGCUUUUGAAGAGCUCAGAGAGGCCCUCAAAACAAGACUGCAAAUGGUGUGUGUAUUUAUCAUGAACCGAAUGAAUUCCCAGAACAGUGCUUUCACUCAACGCAGGAGGAUGGCUCUUGGGAUUGUUAUUCUCCUGCUGGUUGAUGUGAUAUGGGUUGCUUCCUCAGAACUGACUUCGUAUGUUUUCACGCAGUACAACAAACCAUUUUUCAGCACCUUUGCAAAAACAUCUAUGUUUGUUCUGUACCUUUUGGGAUUUAUUAUUUGGAAGCCAUGGAGGCAGCAGUGCACAAGAAAAUUUCGAGGAAAGCAUGCUGCUUUUUUUGCAGAUGCUGAAGGUUACUUUGCUGCUUGUACAACAGAUACAACUAUGACUAGUUCUUUGAGUGAACCACUGUAUGUUCCUGUGAAAUUUCAUGACCUUCCAAGUGAAAAACCUGAGAGCACAAACACUGAUACUGAAAAAACUCCCAAAAAGUCUCGAGUAAGGUUUAGUAACAUCAUGGAGAUUCGACAGCUUCCAUCAAGCCAUGCGGUAGAAGCAAAGUUGUCUCGCAUGUCCUAUCCUACUGUGAAAGACCAAGAAUCCAUAUUGAAAACUGUGGGGAAACUGACUGCAACUCAAGUAGCAAAAAUUAGCUUUUUUUUUUGCUUUGUGUGGUUUUUGGCAAACUUGUCAUAUCAAGAAGCACUUUCAGACACUCAGGUUGCUAUAGUGAAUAUCUUGUCUUCAACUUCUGGACUUUUUACCUUAAUCCUUGCUGCAGUGUUUCCAAGUAACAGUGGCGAUAGAUUUACACUCUCCAAACUACUGGCUGUAAUUUUAAGCAUUGGAGGCGUUGUGCUGGUAAACCUGUCAGGGUCUGAAAAGUCUGCUGGAAAAGAUAUGAUAGGUUCCAUUUGGUCUCUUGCUGGAGCCAUGCUGUAUGCUGUGUAUAUUGUUAUGAUUAAAAGAAAAGUAGACAGAGAAGAUAAGUUGGAUAUUCCAAUGUUCUUUGGUUUUGUAGGUCUGUUUAACCUGCUGCUCUUGUGGCCAGGUUUCUUUUUACUUCAUUAUACUGGAUUUGAGGACUUUGAGUUUCCCAAUAAAGUAGUGUUAAUGUGCAUUAUCAUUAAUGGCCUUAUUGGAACGGUUCUUUCAGAGUUCCUGUGGUUGUGGGGCUGCUUUCUUACCUCAUCAUUGAUCGGCACCCUUGCCCUGAGCCUUACAAUACCUCUAUCCAUAAUAGCUGAUAUGUGUAUGCAAAAGGUGCAGUUUUCUUGGCUGUUUUUCGCAGGCGCUGUCCCUGUGUUUGUUUCAUUCUUUAUUGCAACUCUCCUGUGCCAUUAUAAUAAUUGGGAUCCUGUGAUGGUAGGAAUCAGAAGAAUUUUUGCAUUUAUAUGCAGAAAACAUCGAAUUCAGAGAGCGCCAGAAGACAGUGAACAGUGUGAGAGUCUUAUUCCUAUGCAUGGUGUUUCUCAGGAGGAUGGAGCUAGUUAGCUGCUGUUGUCUGUAGUUCAGCCUGGUGAUGGAAUAUUAUACAGCGAAGAGACAAUCUCUGGCAAGUUUUUGUAGAAAAAUGUUUCAGUGCCUAGUCUGAAAAAAUAACAGUUUCAGUUCUUUGAAACUCUAAAUAUAUUUUCCUCAUAUCUUUUCUUCAUUUUCAUAAUGAAGUACUUUACUAUAUAGUUGUGUACAUAUCACUACAAUUACAGGAUGUUCCAGACCACAGUCCAUCUAAAGGACUACCCUGCCUUAUAUAUCUCAAGAAUUUGAGUUGAAGAAAUCAUUUAACUAAUCAAGGAACAAAAUCCUAAUGUUCUGAAGGUUUAUUUUCAUGUAUUUGUUAAAUGCUGGACUAUAUUAUAAAAAUGUUUUCAAGAAAUCAUUUUAAGUAUGUAGAUCACUGUGUCUGGCUGGUAAAAUGUUUAACAUAAGCAGCUGACAGUACCACGGAUUGUAUUAUUGAGUUUGGUAGGGUAUCACAAAUUAACUACACAGAAAAAAAUGUUUAUAUAACAAGUGUGUUCUUGCAAAUUUGGUGAAAUUUCAAAGAGAAUAAAUAUUUGAGAAAAGAUCUGGUAACCUUACACUACAUAUACCAUAUUUCAUAGCAUUAGGUGCCUUGUAUUUUAAAAGUGUGACAAACAUGACAAAUUUUGAAGGGGAAGUAUUAUAAAAUGAAAAACUGUGUAUUUCUAAUGGCUGUAUGCUAUAAAUUUAAUUGAUAAAACUCUGUUUAAUUUAGAGUUUUAAAGAAAUAUUCUAUCUUCAAUUAAAUUUUCAUAAUGGAAUGAUUAAAUUGAAGUGUUAGAGUAUUACUAAAAUAAAAUGUUUAUAUGUGUGUGUUUCUGAUAUAGAUGUUCAGUGAUUUCACACUGUGUAAUGUGCCAGAUUAGAACUGGGUGCUUCUUUAAAUAACUUGUUUUCCUAAGUAAAAUUUUGGUGGAUAAAACAUCAAAAAUGAAAGUCAAGGAGUGAUGUACUUUUAAAAUUACAUUUGAGUUUUUCGCCAAGAUUAAAUUAAAUAUAAAAUAUUCCUAAUGGCAAACUCUUAAAUACAGGUCUUGCUUGCACUUACCCAUCUGUUCCUGGCCUCUGUUCACUAUAAGGGAACAUAUGUCUUGGAAUUCACAGGCUUUCAAUUACUCAGAAUCCAUCCCCUUUUCAAGGUUUGUGAGAAUAGUUUAGUUCUCUGUAAAAUUUUUUUUUAAUGAAUCUGAUUUGUAAAAUCUCACUUUGCAGAGCCCCACUUCAGUUUAUCCUGUACACAUCCUUAAAGUUGCUUACCUGUUACCCUGAGUCUGAAAUGAAGUUUAGCCAUCUUUCCACAUAGUCCCGAGAACUUUUGUAUUAUAUUAAUUGAAAAGGUUGUGCUAUUAAAAUGAAAAACAGACGGGUGCUACCAAUAAUUCUAAACUUAAAAAUGUUGGUUUUGUUACACUUUGUCCUGUUUAACUUGACAGGAUAAAAGCAUGUAAGACAUAGGAACUUCUGUGAAAUUUCCUUUUAGCAAGAACUUCCUGAAAUAACAUUUCAGUUACUCAGUGACUAAUUCUGGUUGAAGUUUAUUCAUUUUUGUUUUUGCCAUUCAACAGCUCACAAAGAUCUUUUCACAGGGCAAAAUAGUUGAGGCAAAGGAGCUAAAACUAAAAUUUUAAAUAAUUCUUAAAAUAUGAUAGGAAUAGAAGUUAAACUUAGCAGGGUUUUUUGGUGAUUGCUCAUGUACACUGUGCUCACAUCACACGUUGUGUUGUUACUUAGGAUUGUAGAACUGGUUCGUAGGUCUUUGUUAAUCUGCUGUGCAGAUCUUUCCGAGGCACUCCUCCACUGGACUGCUGCCUUGUAAUUGAUAACUGUCAGAAACCUCUGCCACUAACCUAGUUAGCCGAGCAAGUGAGUAACUGCUGCUUCGCUUGCCUUCCUAUUAUCUUCUCUCUCGAGGCUUGCUUUUCUGGAUGCUUGUUGUAUCUGAAUACUGUAGACUAGAGAGUGAGCACUUAAAGACCUCCUUGCUGCAUAUUUGUAUUUAAGUGUUUAGCCUGUCAAGAAGCUGAGUAUUGGAAGCUGGGUGCCCUGGUGUCUGUGGGUGACGUCAGCUUCUCAGGAGGCUGAAGCAAGAAAUUCUCUAAAGCCCAAGAGUUUAGAGACAAUCUGGGCAGCAUAAAGAGACCCUGUCUCUCGAACAAACAAAAGUGCUGGCCCGGUUUCCUUCUGGGGAUUGUCUGAAAGUAGGCAGCAAGGCCCUGGGGUCACAGUGUCUGUGUUGCUUUGGGAAUGCUGGUGAAAAGUCACUUUCCAACUACUGCUUAUGUUUCUCCCCUUUUAGGAAAAUUCUGGCCUCUAGUUACAUUUUUCUGAAUCUAAAGAUACAUGGGGAUUUCUCAUACUUUAUUUCAGUCUUUACUUUUCUCUUCAUAAAUGAUUUAAAUCCCAUCAUUGUAUAUUUCAAAUUAUAACCUUGAUUGAAGGAAGCUAUUUUGUCACAGACUUGCUCUUAAAUGAUCAUUAAAAUCUCAAGCACAGUGAAAUUGCAAAGUGAGGCAGCUUUACAGGUGCUUGGCUGAAUGCUUUCUGGGGCUUAGAAAGGCCAUUAUGUAUGUGUAAUACACCUAUAUUUAUUCCUUUAAAUAAAUUUUGAUUUUUUAAAAUUGA